ACCUUCCCUGGCGGCCAGGCCCGACACGUGCACUACGGCGUGUCCAGAUACGCGCCAGGAUUUGCAGAUCGGUACUAGCAAUAUUAUCAAUAAUUGCCCCGAAGUUGACGCAGAACUAGUGGGGAAAAACGUUGUUGCUGUAUCAGCGAUUGCAUCAAGAAGACAGCGUAUCUUUCUCACACCAGCUAACCGAAGAAAAACCGUCAUGCCAAGAUACGUGAAAUUUUGUGAUAAAUAGAAUUAGUAAAUAAACUUGUCCUUGUUCUAAAUAAACC